AGCUCAAAGACACACGACCUCGCAAGAUGAAGCUGAUCUCGUUGGUAGUGUUGCUGUUGGCAGUGUUGUCAGAGGUGGUGUCAGAGCCGACCUACAAACGACGAAGACAGAGAUGUUAUGCAAAAGUUCAAUAUGUUCCUCAUUACGAAACGGUCUACCAACAGGUCCCGGUUUACGAGACGAUCUACCAAACCCAAGUCGUGCCAACCACACUCUACCAGACGCAGUACGUCACCCACUACAACACCCAGCACGUACCACAAUACAUCCCCCAGUACGUCACGGAAACAGUGUACAAAACCGAUGUCCAGUACGUCACGGAGACAGAAUACCAGUACCAGACCCAGUACAGUCCUUAUUACGUCACCUCUACGGCCUACGCACCCCAGUACAUCACCGAUACCCAGUACCAAACUCAGUACGUUACCACGACCCAGUACCAGACACAGUACAACACCCAGUACGUUCCCCAGUACGUGACUACGACCCAAGUGCAAUACCAGACCCAGUACCAAACGCAAGUGGUACCUCAAUACCUCACUGUUACGAAGACCGAGCAAGGGUACCAAACGCCAUGCCCACAACUGCCUUAUGAUUACUAAUGAUGUUUUCUUUUCCUGUUCUUAUUAUUGUAUUUAACAUAUUUUUUUGUCUGUUAUUGCCUUUCAUUCCACAUUCAUAAAUUCUUUUG